AUGGACCACGGCCACGAGAACAAAGAGGUCGAGGAAGAUGAUAACAACCAAUACGACUCAACUCUAGGGCCUUGCGAAGAGCAAGUUCGUUUACGACACUUUUACCCCUCGCGACAGAAAUUGCUAUUUGUACUCGAGAUAUUGCGGUCAUAUCAAGCUAUGCUGCAUGGAGACAACAGCUUUGCCAGGUUUUUCAAUGUACCGCUCAUGAGUGACGUUCUCGCCGAGAGGAUUGUUAGCUUGUUUAGUGAAGCUCGCCCAAAGAUCCUGGAAGCUUGCAACCAUGAUAUAAAUUGGGCUGACGUUGUUCGUGAGCGUUUGUUCGAAGUCAAACGCCACGAGAACGGCAAGUAUCAGUAUUAUCUUCCGAAACGCAAAGCUUUAGUUGAAAUGUCCGAGUUUGAUCACUGUUUGAUUUUGUCGGGCAUUCCUCGACAACUAGUUCACCCGAAGUCUCACUCCAGUGAUGUGCAGGCGGAAAGAAGCACGUUGGAGCUAAUAGCCAAAGAGAUAGCAUCGUGGAAUGAUAUCCUUUCGAACCUCAAUGAGAUAAACAAGGAUAUUCUUGGCAAGGUGGCCGGCAAACUCCGCAAGCUCGGAGAGUCACACAGUACACCAUGCUCUUCCCAAGCUUCUCAACCUAUUCCCACAUAUGAAUCGAAUGAAGUGAACCCACACGCUCGCACAGCGUCCGAGGCUUCCGCGGAAGCUUCGGGUGCAGCUAUACAGAGCAAAUUUGGAAAUAACAAGCUGUUUCCUUAUGGUCGUCGAUGGACUGCCGAGCAAAAGGCCUGCCUGCCCAGGUGGUUUGAAUCACGGGCGCAUCUACCGGAAAAAGAAAUUGAGCUCGAGUUCAAGCAAGACUUUGGCCAUUCUCGAACUUUUGCGGCAAUCCAGGCCAAAUUAUAUGAAGUAGGUGCCGGGAAGCUCCGCAGGAAAAGGAAAGAAGAACAUCGUCAAAACAAGAUCCCAGUCGAGAUCAGCCCUGCUCCGGCGAUUGACCCGUUCCGAUCGUCGAUUCCAUCAAGAUCAACUCCGGAAGCUGAGGUAUUUGACCUACCCCUCCCAGUCCCGUUCGACCCGGAAGUAAAUAAUAAUGUGGUGGACAACAGUGAGUGUUGGCUGUCGGAGGAUUUCCAAUAA